AUGCUACCACUCCGACAGAGAGCGGCCGCUGUUGCUCGUCGAGCACGUCCUACACAGCUGCGGAGUUCGCGAUCCUACGCCUCAGAAAGCCACGGACAUCAUCACGACCACCACGCCCCCGCGGUCGAUGAGCCUCUCGGAGCUGGUUUCUUCAUUGCGUUUGGAGCUCUGCCGGCCGGGGCGCUCGUCUACUACAUCUCGAGACCGGGCAAGGAUGGCGAGCCGUCGAGCGUGACAAAGGCUAUUCAGAGCUGGUCGGACCUCGGCAAGCAAUGGGAGCAACGGAACACUCUUCACACGGCAGCAAUUGAACAAGCAGCAUUCGAUAAGCACCUCUAUUACAACGCUGGCCGGAACGCGCAUAUUGAGCUGAAAUAUCCAGAGAUGAUACAAGCGGGACCCGAUCGUAAUGUCCCAGCUGGCCACUAUGCGAACCUGGAUAAUGUAGUAGCUCACUAUCGAAACCAGCACCUCGCAGAAGAGGAGAGGAAAGCGAAGAAGCUAGCAUCGACGAAGGAGGCGUAG